GCGACGGUAAAGCCCAGCAAUAGUCCAUGCCAGGCUCCGUGCCCUGCGCAGAUAUCCCAAUGAGGCCUCCCCCCACGCUCAGGUCAUUUUCCACUGCCUUCUUUUGUUAUUCGAGCUGUACGUCUGCCUGAGCCCUCGACAGAAUCCGAAUGGCUUCUCCGGCUCCGACGCCAGGACGUGUUAUCCGAACACUCGUCCUUCUUGUUGUUAAAGCGAGAUACCACAAGCUCUUGCGGCGAUUCUGGAGAAAACAACCGGGCCUUCUCCACAUCUUCAAUAUCUGCAUCAAGACCAAACCAGACGAGAACCUGACCGAAGCCCACGCCAUGCGAUUUAUCGCCAGCCAUACCUCCAUCCCCGUGCCGAAGGUUUAUUACGCAUUCACCUAUAAAGGGGACUCAUACAUCGUCAUGCGCCAUAUCAAAGGACAAAUGGCAGGGCAUGGUUGGCUAAGCCGCACAGAAGAAUCGAAAAUGCGAAUUCUGGACCAGCUACGCCGCAUGAUCACGGAGCUUCGCUCGGUUCCUCCCCCCGAAGGGCAAGGCGUCAGCAGCAUCGAUGGUGGGCCUUUCUAUGACUUUCGUCUGCCAUCCCGGCUCUACUGGGGCCCGUACGGUACUGUACGGGAGUUCCAUGAAGCGCUCGUCGACGGCAUGAAUCUGGAUGCUGACUACACGCUCGCUGCCGACCUUUCCGAGCUGUUUGAGUUCUAUCAGCAAUCAGGGAACGAGCUCGUCUUAACUCACGGUGAUCUAAGCAGCCUUAAUAUUCUGGUGCGGGGAGAUACCGUUGUGGGAAUCGUGGAUUGGGAGACGGCAGGAUGGUUCCUAGUAUACUGGGAGUAUACCUGUGCGAAGUAUGUUAAUCCUCAAAAUCCAUUCUGGGCAGACCCGGUCGAUCAGUUUCUAGUGCCCAUGCCGGACGAGUUAAAGAUGGAAACCAUUAGACGUAAGUAUUUUGGUGACUUCUGACAAAUUCAUUUUGAUUCUCCCUGCGUCCGCCUUCCUUGGCUGUGUCGGACAGUCUACCUAGCUGACACGGGCACGCCCUAAAUCCUUGAGAUAGUCCUUUCCGGUCGGGAAUGCGUAGUCCCAGCAGGCUACGCAAGUGAGAUUGUUUCUUCACGCGGGGAGUCCAUCAUAGUCGGCAAACGCUGGUAGUGCUCCAGGAUCCUUUUAUGUGGUAGCGGCCCUGGCGCACUAGCGAGAACUUAUAAGGUGGUGAAGACGGGAGCCGUUACGGUUCAUAUUAGUUCUAUAGUCGUUCUUAUCGUUAAGGACGAUAAUUGUAUCGGGCUAAGGUAUUAGGAGAGCUAUAAGCCUUCUACUUAAGGACUUGAGGAAAGGGCUCACGAGGGAGAUCUUAAUAGAUAAAGUGAUAGUAGAGAGAU